AUGGCGAUUCGAACUUUAUCUUCUCUUGUUCGCGCUCUUCAUCAAACCCCUAAAGCUCAGGCAUUUCGUCUCUUCUCCACCCUUCCACACGAUCCACCAUCGCCAGAUCUAGUGAACGAGAUCUCCCGCGUUCUGAGCGAUCACCGGAACCCUAAAGACGACCUCGAACACACUCUCGGCGUCUACUCUCCGCGAGUUUCGUCGAAUCUGGUCGAACAAGUGUUGAAGCGCUGCAAAAAUCUCGGAUUCCCCGCGCACAGAUUCUUUCUCUGGGCAAGAAAAAUCCCAGAUUUCGAACAUAGCUUGGAUAGUUACCACAUCUUGGUGGAGAUUCUGGGUAGUAGCAAGCAAUUCGCUUUGCUCUGGGAUUUUUUAAUCGAAGCCAGAGAGUAUAACUACUUUGAGAUAAGCCCUAAAGUAUUCUGGAUCGUGUUCAGAGCUUAUAGCAGAGCUCAUCUACCAGGUGAAGCAAUUCGAGCUUUUAAUCGAAUGAUUGAGUUUGGGAUCAAGCCUUGUGUUGAUGAUCUCGAUCAGCUUCUGCAUUCGCUUUGCGAUAGAAAACAUGUGAAUCACGCCCAGGAGUUUUUCGACAAGGCCAAAUCCGGAAUCACGCCGAGCGCAAAGACGUAUAGCAUUUUGGUUAAAGGCUGUGCGAAAACCCGAGAUGCCUCGGGUGCACGCAGGGUGUUCGACGAAAUGCUCAAGUCGAGUUGCCUUGUGGAUUUGCUUGCUUACAAUGCUCUUUUAGACGCUCUUUGCAAAUCAGGCGAUGUAGAUGGAGCUUACAAGAUGUUUCAAGAAAUGGGUAGCCUCGGACUUGAGCCGGACGCGUAUAGCUACGGGAUAUUCAUCCAGGCGUACUGCAAGGCGGACGAUGUUCACUCGGCUUAUAAGGUUCUUGAUCGGAUGCAAAGGUACGAGCUUGUGCCCAACGUGUACACAUACAACCGCAUCAUCGAAACGCUCUGCAAGAACAAGAAAGUUGACGAUGCUUAUUCGCUGUUGGACGAGAUGAUCCAGAGAGGAGCUGAUCCGGAUACUUGGACUUACAACUCGAUAAUGGCUUACCACUGCGACCACUGCGAGGUGAAUCGAGCGACGAAUCUGUUCUCGAGAAUGGGUAGAGCCAAGUGUUUACCGGAUAGACACACUUACAACAUGGUUCUCAAGCUGCUGAUAAGGAUUGGGAGGUUCGACCGCUUGACAGAGACGUGGGAAGGAAUGAGCAAGAGACAGUUUUAUCCGACGGUUUCUACUUACACUGUGGUGAUUCAUGGGUUGGUGAGGAAGAAAGGGAAGCUAGAGGAAGCUUGUAGGUACUUUGAGAUGAUGAUUGAUGAUGGGAUUCCUCCGUAUUCGACGACGGCUGAGAUGUUGAGGAACCGGUUUGUCGGUUUGGGGCAGAUGGAUGUUGUGGAUGUUUUGGCCGGGAAGAUGGAGAGGAGCAGUUCUUGUUCGGUAAGAGAUAUGGCGGUCGAGAUGAGAGGGAAGAGAAGGAGAGUGGGACGUAGGAGUGAAGAAAGCGAAGACGAUGAUUAUGAGCUUGAAAGAGUUGACAUAUGA